AUGCCACCUAAAAGGAAGAGGGAUAUCAGAGGGGAGAUGGUGUCGCCAUCCAGGGGCAGAGGACACAAAAAGCCUCGCCAUGCUCCCAGGCAGCAAAGGUCUGGAGCCAGGAAUGAUCAUCCCCCCCACCAUGCCGAACCAGAGACUGCAGGGAGUGAUGCUUCACCCGACAGUGACUUGGGGGAAUUCACACCACCAAUCAUGGGUAAUGUUGAUUCAGAUUUCUCCCUUGAUGUAAAUCUUUCUGAUUUCACUCCUGUCCCAGAACUUAGCUGUUUCGAUAAUGUAGGUCAACACAUUCCUUUGAAGUUAAAACAAAAAAUUUGGGAUGGACAGUUUAUUGAGUUAGGUCUGCUGUUAAAAUCAGCCAAAGAGAUUAAUGAUAGUUUGGGAGGACAAGGGGAAAUUAAAAUUAGAGACGGGAAAUUUUGUAUUGUCCGGUCAAAGGUUGGUUCAUAUUUGACAAUUGAAAAAUGGACAAAUGCUUUAAUGAUUUACAUGAGUGUUAUGUUAGAGAAAUAUCGCACUAGGGCCCAAGAGUUUUUAAAAUACAUGAGAGAUAUCAGACUAGCUGCCUCUAGAUCACAGGGCUGGUUCAAAUACGAUGAACAAUAUCGGCUACGCAAAGCUAGCAAUCCCGAAUCCUCCUGGGGGGUUAUAAGUCAAGAAUUUUGGCUACUGUAUGUGACCAACCAAAGUUCAAAUUCUUUUGGCAGUCAGAAUCACUUCAACAAUGCUAAACAAAAUUUAGAUGAGAGCAGCACAUCCGCUGCUACCCAGUAUUGCUAUCAUUUCAAUCAGGGCCUUGUACCUAAAAAAGACGGUGAUUACCGCCUCAUUCACCAUUUAUCAUAUCCAGAAUCUGCUUCAAUAAAUGAUUUCAUUGACUCAGAACAGAGCUCAGUUACCUAUUCAACCAUAGAUGAUGCUGCCGCCAUUAUUGCAAAAUUAGGUCGGGGGGCAUUUCUGGCAAAGUCAGACAUUAAAUCAGCCUUUAGGUUGCUACCAGUGAACAGCACUGAUUUCGACUUCAAAACACAUACCUUCAAAAUCAAAUUUUAUUGCGGAUUCUAUCUCUCGUUCACAGUGGGGCAAAUUCCGACGGCUAGCACCGGCAGCGGAUCCAUGGCCAACACCGCUUCCCAAGAAUAUGUGGGAAAUUUAACAAGGGAGGCAAACAGACUUAUACAGGGUUCACUAUCAGCAAACACUUACAAAGCUUACCAGGGGGCUCUCACCAACUUCAAAAAAUUCCUGAAUAAUUGUGGGACCACAUUGUAUUUCCCCAUUCCUGUUGAUCAUUUGCUUAAUUUCAUUGCCCACCUUUCUAUUUCAGGUACAGCUUAUAGAACAGCUGCACUGUACAUUAGCGCAUUAUCAUAUAUCCAUAAAUUAAGAGGCAUACAAGAUAACACUCAAUCAUUCAUUGUCAAAAAAGCCUUGCAGGGUCUAAACAAAAAGAGAGGUAUCACUGUUGAUUCUCGAAUCCCAUUAACUGUAUCUAUCUUGGAGCAUGUAGUAUCAGCAUUGCCGUCAGUGUGUAGAUCAUCUUACGAGGCAGUUUUAUUUUCCACACUUUUUUCAAUUGCAUAUCACGGCUUGCUUAGAGUAAGUGAAGUUUUGAAUAUCCAUAGGGCACACAUCACGUUUACUAGAAGCAAGGUCAGCAUCUUAAUUCCCAGGUCCAAAACUGACCAAAUGGGAAAUACAACAACAUUGCAUAUUUCCAAACAGUUAAAUUCGGAUAUUUGCCCAGUACAGUGGGCACUCAGGUUUUUGCAGCUGCGCCCUAAUGAUGGUUCCCUUUUAUGCUUUAUUCAUGUCGACAAUAAGGUUGUAACAAGAUACCAAUUCAACUAUGUGCUUCAAAAAGCUCUUCAAUUCAGGAACAUUCAAGGACACUUUAGACCACAUAGUUUUAGAAUAGGCAGGGCUACAGAUCUUGCAAAACAGGGGUUUCCAGAUUCAGAAAUAAAAUCUUUGGGCCGGUGGGAGUCAAAAGCUUUCAGAAACUACAUAAGAUUAUAACAUGUUAGCAUUGUUAAAUGGAAUACAGGCUAAUUUUGCCAAAGUAUUCCAGGUUUCAAGACGAUUUGGAUAGUGGGAUCUUCAAUACCUUAUUGGGCUGGUGAGGAGGCAGGGAGGAGACCGGGUGGAAAGAAUCUUAAUCUUGGGAUGGACAUCACUUGGAAGGGAAUUAGAGGGCUGAAAUGGGAAGAUCUUGACAAAGUGUUAACAGAUGAACUCAAACACCAACCACAUCCAGAUGUACUAGUCAUUCACGCAGGGUCAAAUGAUCUAACUACGGCUGGCAAUACUGCACUUAGAUUUUCACAUGAAAUUCAAUGUAGUUUGUAUCGUUAUAAUGUAUUGCUUCCUAAGACUUUGCUUAUUUGGUCAACAAUGCUUCCCCGCCUUUAUUGGCAUGGUGCACCUCUUGGCAAGGGUGGGGCUAAGAUUGAUCUAAAACGGCGUAAGGUGAAUAAAGCCAUUAGAAAAUUCAUUACAUCUGAAGUUAAUGGGGCUUGCAUUUUUCAUGACAAAAAUAUCAACGUUCAUCAAAGCAGUUUAUUUAGAUAUGAUGGAACUCAUUUAUCGGAAAGGGGGAAUAAGGCUUAUUUAAAUAAUAUUCAGGGUGGUUUGGAAUUCAUUUUAGGGGGAAAGGGCAAAAUUUUCCCUCCUCAGUAAUGCCCUUUGUUUAUUUAGUCAGAUUUCAGUUGUGAUGACCUGUAAUUUCCUAGUUUAGGAUUGCUAUAUAUAUAAAUAUUAAUUUUGGUGCAAAUUGUUGUGGGGAACAUCAUAUCGAUGUUAGUGGCAAGGUCAAGGGAGACAUCAGCCUUGUACACGCUUAACCUGUUUGUCUCUGCCCAUCUGCAUCAAAGCAUGAGGGGGGUAUCAUGGCUGUGUUUUAACAUGGAAGUUAAAUGCCAUUGAGGAAAUGUGUAGAAUAAAUGUAAAUUGCUUGGGAUCUGCAGCAUUUCAGUGCUCAGACCCCCUCUACCUAUAUAAAAGUAGGAGAGGCUACAGGCUGGUUUGUGUUAAAAUUCUAAACCAGGUAGCAAGCCAGAGGCAGGGUGUAAAAGCUGUGCAGCUUGUGUGCCUAGCCAUCAUGCGUGUGUCAGGCAUGGGGUUCCAUGGCACUCGCAUCUAAGCGAGGCCACUAGUUUGCCCGUUUGUUUAAAUGGUAUCCUAGUUGUCUCCCUUGACUCCUACAAAAUUUGCGGCCAUUUUCAUCCAACAUUGUGUGUGUUGUAUUAUUAUGAUCUUGUUUCUCAAUAAAUUAGUAAAGUUACAA